GACUCACAUUUCCAAAUCCGCAAAGUUGAGCACAAACUUCUGGAGAAAGUUUUACAUCUCUGAAGAAUAAAAUGGAUUCUCCGAUCAAUUACGCAAUCGACGACAAGGAUCUAGACGACGCUGCAUUAUGGGCGGUGAUUGAUUCCGCCGCCGCUGCCGCCUCCUCCACCACCGCCGUCACUAAGUACAGCAAACCGCUACCUAACAAUCACUCUCCAAUUAGGCCUUUUCCUAGCUCAAAUCCUUCUCCACAAUCUAGGCUCGGCAAAACCCCUAGAAACUUCCAAAAUCAUCACCAUAACGGAGAGGUACUAAAUCACCGGCCGCAGAAAAUGUCCAGGUCAGAUUCUAACUGCGUUUCGGGACUGAGCAAGACGAGUCCGAAUCCGAUGGCGGUAGUUAAGCACGUGCAGAGAGAUCCGGCUGUGACGAGUUAUUCGUCGCCGGUGACGAGGUCUCCGGCUCCGGUGAUGGAGUAUGAUCAGAGGUAUAACAGUCCGAUUGUUUCGGAGUGUUCGCUGGUGGCUACAAUGAGUCAUGGACAGCGUGAGGAUAGAGAUGGCGUCGUUAGGCAUAGCUUGGCUGGUCCAUUUCCAUCCGUUUCUCUGUUCAAGGAGUAUCAAAAUGCAGCGAUGGCGAUUCUGGAGAAAAGUGACUACACUAUGAUUUCGGGACAUCCCUUCAUAAAAAAAACAGGUUGGAGGAAGAUAUCUUUUUACUUCAAUCUAUCAUAUGAAAUUAAAGACAAGACCAUUGAGUUUGAUGACAACCGUAAUGUCCUGCGUGCUGAAUUUAUAGUCCGGGCGCAUAUGCAGGGUGGUAGGUUCUCAGAUGGAUGGGGAUCAUGUGAGCGGCGAGAGAAGAAGUUUCUAAAACCAAAUCAUGACAUUCCCAGCACAGCAGAAACCAGAGCAAAAAAUAAAGCAUGUCAGGACUUGCUUGGAAUUGGAGAAUAUCGACCUGGAAUGGGCCAGAGUACUAAUGGGUAAAAUAAUGAUACAGUAAGUAUUCCAUAAGGUACUCUAUAUCUAAGUCAUUUGCAGUUCUAUUGACCAAGAGGAGAAUUCACAGGCAAAAUUGAGAUUGGGUUAUAUUAAAACUCAUGGAAUCAAGUAUAGAAAGAAGUAUGUACUGUAGUACACUCCC